AUCUGCAACGUUAAAAUUUGAUCCAAAACGCAAAUGCUAAUCUUUAACGUUAUUUCCAAAGAGGCUCAUAAUGAUACAUGUGUUUACAUAAAUAAAAUGGAGAGAAUAACAAAUGGGAAGGAAAUUGAAGAAUGAAGCUAAGAAGCUAAUUAAGCUAAGAAAGUAGCUAGGUAGGAAAGGAAGCAGUGUGAGGGGAGUCGGCGAAGAGGAGAGUUUGUUGGAUGAUCUUCUGAGCCUUUCUGCUGCGCAGUUCGAUCCGAGUGCUCUCGCUCUUCUUCAUCUUAAAAACAAUAAUAAUAAAAAUGCACUCUCCUUAAUUUCCUCGCCGCACAGCCGAUGAAGCUUCCCGCCGGGAAACCCCAAACACGAAGAAAAUCCGUCCCAAAGAUUAUUCUCCCCUUUGUACCCAUCGCCCUUCUCUUCACCGUCAUCUCAAUCGUCCGAUAUUCCCACCGCGACAUCUCCGGCGACACGAAUUCCCCCUCGUCCUUCGUCCUUUCUUCCUAUGAUAAUUACGUCGCGUCCGAUGUUGUAACAAAACAUGCGGAAGAAGAACACGCCGGAGAGCUUCCGGGUGGUCGACCGUACGAUCGUAGCAGCGAAAGUCAGUCGUCGCCGCCGCCGUCAGAAACCACCGCCACGACGGUGGAAAUAGACAAGAAUGGCCGUGGUGAAGACGAGGGCACAACAAAUAACAAUAACGGGCCUUACAAUGGAGCAAAUCAAAGCAGCACGAGAAGGAGGUCAAAGAAACGGCCAAGGAGACGGCAGCGUCGUCGCCGUGAAACAACGUUGGCCGCGAAGAGGACGGAAGCGAAGGGGGAGGAGGACGACGACGUUAGGGUUUUGGCGGCGGAGGUGGCGGGAGGGGGCGGUUGUGAUCUGUCGGCGGGGGAGUGGGUGGGGGACCGGGAGGGACCGUAUUACACGAACGUGACGUGUGAGUGGGCGAUCCAGGAGCAUCAGAAUUGCAUGAAGUUCGGAAGACCGGAUACCGGGUAUCUGAAGUGGAGGUGGAAACCGGAUGGGUGCGAGCUGCCCGUUUUUGACCCGGACCGGUUCUUGAAAAUGGUCAGAGGGAAAUCUCUGGCCUUUGUGGGGGAUUCAGUGGCCAGGAAUCACAUGCAAUCAUUGCUUUGCCUCCUCUCCUCCGUUGCAAGGCCUAUGGAUGUUUCAACAACAGAAGACGAAAACUUCAAACGUUGGGAAUACGGAGAGUACGACUUCAACGUCACCAUUUUCUGGUCGCCCUAUUUGGUCCGGACACAAAGGACCGACCCUAACGACGUCACCCGCCCGUUCAACCUCUUCCUCGACGAAUUCGACCAAUCAUGGACCACCCAAAUCGGCCGUUUCGACUACGCCGUUAUCUCCGCCGGCCACUGGUUCUCCCGCCCCACCUUCUUCUACCUGAACGGCAGCCUCGUCGGCUGCCAGUACUGCCCCGCCCCUAACGCCACCCGCCUCCCGUCCACCUUCAGUUACCGCCACGCCUUCCGCACGGCCUUCCGUGCCAUCACCGGCACGGAAGGUUUUCGGGGUGUGGCGUUUCUGAGGACGUUCGCGCCGUCCCACUUCGAGAACGGGCGGAUCCAGCUCGAGGAACUGAGGUCCGCCCAAAGGGUAGGGAGAGGAAAAGGGAUGAGAUUAAGGUUGUUCGACACGACGUUGCCGAUGCUGUUGCGGCCGGACGGACACCCGGGGAAGUUCGGGCGGCCGGCGAGUAUUAACGUUAGUAAUGUCCCCAGCGACUGCGUGCAUUGGUGCUUGCCGGGGCCUAUAGAUUCGUGGAACGAUUUCUUGUAUGAGUUGAUAAGAAGAGAGGUGUAGAAAUUGAUAAGAGGGAAUUGAUUCUGUAUAUUCAAUUGUUCUAUCUAGUUACAAGGGGUUUCUCCUUUAUUUAUAGGAGAGGAUGAUUCCAAAAUAGACAAGGAAUACAAAUCCUACAAGGAAACAAAUCAUAAUCAAACUAGGAAACAAAU